UUUGCGGGCAUGAUGCUUUUAUUCUGAAAAGUGGAAGUGUGGACGUUAAUGGUCAUUAGCAACGAAACACAGGUUAUCGCCUCAAUACAGGCACUCGAAAGACGUCCGGGGGCAGCUAACAGAUUUUUAAACCAUGGUGACAGAGUGAGGUCUCUGUGGAAUACUACCCUCACCUCCUGACAUAUCCUUACUCUUCAAGCUGAGCAACAAAAGCAGCCUGGUAGCAAAUUACGCUGUGAUAACCACAAAAAUGAUGGGAGUCCCUGUGUUUUGUAUGGUGGUGCUAGCAGUCAUCUGUCACAGCCACAGCCUCCAUGGGUAUGAAAGGUCUCAGGAAAAUGUCUUGAACCCAAGUGACUGUGCGUUGAGAACCAAGCAGCAGCCGGUUUUCACAAACUCUAACAACUUCUCUGUGGAUAUCCGGAUGCCUGGUGUUAUACCAAGUGCGUCUGACACUUACCUUUGCAUGGCAUUUCCUGUUCCAACUACUCGGGAUGCAUAUAUUGUGGACUUCAUACCACAUGCCAGUAUGGACACUGUCCAUCACAUGCUGCUGUUUGGCUGCGAGACCCCUGUCUCCACCCGCAACUAUUGGGACUGUGGUAGUGUACAGGGCACUUGUGAGGAUGAAGCCUCCAUCAUGUAUGCCUGGGCUCGGAAUGCACCACCUACUAAAUUACCCAAAGAUGUUGGAUUUAAAGUUGGAAGAAAUUCAGGAAUGUCCUACUUUGUGCUGCAAAUUCAUUAUGGAGAUGUCUCUGCUUUCAAAGAUCAUCAUAGAGAUUGCUCAGGCCUUGCAUUAAGAAUGACAACCAAACCGCAGCCAUUCAUUGCUGGUAUAUACUUGCUUAUGUCUGUGGACACAGUUAUCCUUCCAGGAAAAAGAGUUACAAAUGCAGACAUCGCCUGCGAUUACUCUUCAUAUCCUAUCUACCCAUUUGCCUUCAGGACCCACACACACCACCUUGGUAAAGUGGUCAGUGGCUACAGGAUUCGUGGUGGAAAGUGGAGCCUGAUUGGAAGGCAGUCCCCUCAGCUUCCACAGGCUUUCUAUCCUGCUAACAAGGACGUGAAUGUGAAAUAUGGUGACACCCUCGCUGCCAGAUGUAUGUUUACUGGUGAGGGCCAAAACUCCAAAACGUAUAUUGGUGGUACCUCCAGUGACGAAAUGUGCAACUUCUAUAUAAUGUAUUACAUGGACAGCAGACAUGCCAUUCCCUUCAUGAACUGCAUGGAGACCGGCUCUAAAGAGCUGUUUGAGCACAUUCCAGCUGAGGCAAACGAACCCAUCGCUGUCACUCCAGGUCAUAUGAAUAUGAUGCAUAUGGGACACUCAACAGAUGUUCAAAAUAAGAAAUUGAUGAUAGAUACCAGCAGAGCAGAGCAAGUUCUGGAUCAGGGUGACUUCUAUUCUCUUAUGUCAAAGCUGCUAGGCCAGGGUAAGGAUGUAGUUCAAAUUCAUAAAUACAACCCCAGUGAGAUGCAGAGAGCCCAGGCUGAGUUGGUGGCUGAAAUUGAUAGAUUAUUGCAAAAGAAAGACCUGGGCUUCCCUAGUUCUACACUAGCCUUCCAAACCAGGGAGGACCCUGUCUUGGUGAGGGACAGAGUUCACAAAUUCCUACAGCUUGAGGCCACGGCCAAGCCGCCAAGAAGCAAGCUGCUAGCUGAAGGACAAGAUCACCUGGAGCAAGUCUCAGCAUGGCCUCAGAGUUCUCUCCAGCUGGGUCAAGUGUCAGGACUUGCUGUGGACACAGAUUCUAACCUGGUCAUUUUCCACAGAGGUGAUCACCACUGGGGGGCAGAGUCCUUUAACAGCGAGGCUGUUUACCAGCAGAGGUCCCGUGGGCCUAUUCAGCAGUCCACUAUUUUGGUUGUGGACCCGGCAAAUGGCAACAUCCUGAAGGCCUCUGGCAGAAACAUGUUUUACUUGCCUCAUGGAAUAACUACAGAUAAGGAGAAUAAUUACUGGGUGACUGAUGUGGCACUCCAUCAGGUGUUAAAAGUGAGCAGCGACGGCAGAGACAGAACCUUGCUGACACUGGGAGAGGCCUUCAUGCCAGGAAGUGACAAGGACCACUUCUGCCAGCCCACUGAUGUGGCAGUAGACACCGAAACUGGCAACAUCUUCGUGUCUGACGGGUACUGCAAUGCCAGGAUACUAAAGUUCUCUGCCGAUGGCAAAUACCUGUCUGAGUGGGGCGCAGGUACGUCGGACCGGAGAAGGCGCACACCGUUCAGGAUCCCCCACAGCCUCGUCUUCCUUCCCGACAGAAAGGAAAUUUGUGUGGCCGACAGAGAGAACGGACGCAUCCAGUGCUUCAUAGCUGAGACCGGAGAGUUCGUCAAGGAGAUAAAGAAGGAGGAGUUUGGUAGGGAGGUGUUUGCCAUCACCUACCGCCCUGCUGGAGAUGAUGGCUUGAUCUUCGCAGUAAAUGGGGAAUCUCUGUAUCACUCAGUUCCACUCAGAGGUUUUGUUAUAAAUUAUUCAACCAAGGAUAUUGUGGAUACCUUUAGCCCAAACAAGAAGGAGUUUAAGAUGCCUCACGACAUAGUUGAAAGAAAUGGCAGCGUAUUUGUUGGGGAUGUAGGCAGUAAAUCAGUCUUCAAGUUCACCUCUGAGAAGUCUCAUCGCUCUGUCAAGAAAGCUGGGAUUGAGGUUCAGGAACUUGCAGAAAUAGAGACAAUCGUCCAAACCAAGUUGAAGCCCGAUCACAAGAUAUCGAAUCCAGCGGCCAUCCAAGGGAAGCAAACGGUGAAUCAACCAGCUCCUCAGAGAGUCGGAAACGAGGAGAAGAAGGAGAGUGCAGCAAAGCCAAACAAAGAGGGGGGUCUACUCCCGGCCGUCAUCACCACCCUGCUGCUCAUACCUCUGGUGGUUGUCAUCUCUGUAGGAGUCUUCAUUUGCUGGAGGAAAAACAACCGAUGUGAGGUGAAAUCUGAACCCAGCUCUGUGGGAGGGAUCUUGGGAAAAAUAAGAGGUAAAGCAGUGGGCAGUCUGAACCUGGGGAACUUCUUUGCAUCCCAUAAGGGUUACACUCGCCAGGGUUUUGAUCAGCUGAGCACUGAAGGCAGCGACCAAGAGAGGAACGAUGAGGACAGCAGCGACUCUGAAAACGAGGAGUACUCUGCUCUCCCGCCUCCUCAGCCAUCCUCUUAGACGCCCCGGAGCCGGCCGCCAACAUUCUGCUUACCUUGCUGAGAUGUGGUUAUUCAUCAUGUGUAACUGUUGUGUCAGCUGCCAAUCUUACGGUUUAUAUAUUUAAAUAUGAUACUGUAUAUGAAUAUAAUUUGGCAUAAUUAAGGUUUAAUUUAUUUCAUCUUAAUUUAAACUGCCCGUGGUGGUGAUACAGCCUUGGUGACUUGGCUCACCCACGUCCCUGUUUGUUCUCCACUCAUCAAACUUGCUUUUACUGAAACGAUUAGCACAGUCCACAGGACAAACGUCUGUGAAGUCUAGAGUCAGAUUCAGCCUUAAGACGAAAAAAAUAAAUCUGCUAAUGGCUUGAGAUAAUUCUAAUUGUUUUUUGACAUUGUCUUGAAAUAGGAUAUCAAAGAAAUUUCUUCAGCUCAAUAGUUUUGUAUUGGAAACAGAAAAACUCAAACCUCAUCCCACUAGUGGAUUUUUACUUAGACUCAUAAUGAUCUUCACUUGAUGACUUUUUACAAUAGGUAAUUUCUGCGACUGAAACGUGGUCAGAUAUUUCACCUUUAUUCAAUUAAUGUUAUUAAUCAAUUGCACUCAAAGCGACAUGUUUGAAAAGCUGAAGGGUUCUGUUUUCAUGGUGGUACUAUGACCAGCACAUGCUGCUUCUGUGUUGUGAUUUUUGUUCCAGCAACACAGAUACUUUAGUUCUUAAACAUUGUAAUGGAAAAUGACUUCUCUAGACUAGACUUUACAAUUGGCCUUAGUUGUGGUUUGAUGUAUCAUGUCAACAGCUGGUCGUUGUGCUUAUUCCAUUAAAACAGAGCCCUGACUGAAAAUUGAUGCCAUAAUUUAAGUAGUUGAAUGUUCAUUUUGAUAUUUUUAUCUGCACUUUCAGAACUGGACUUAAACAGUUUGUCCACAGCAUUUCUCCGUCGAAGCAAGAAAUCAGUGAAGUGGGAUCAGUUAGGGAAAGCUUGCGGUAUCAUUGGGAUUCAUAAAUGAAUGAAUCUCAGCACCAACAGAGUAUGUCCAGUUUUGUUUUCCUGAAAAACAGUGAAACUUCCUCACGUAAAUCUCUUCCAUAUAGUAACAAUACACACAGCAUUAUUUCAUUAUAACUGUUUAUGUUUCAGUUCAGUGUCGUUUCACUUGUUCUUCUGUGCCUUUUUGCAUUUGUAUUUUGCCUUUAUUUAUCACCUGCCAUUACAACGUGUACCAUGGGAUAAAAAAAACAAACAAAAAACAACUGCUGCUAGUAAGCUUGUACUAUACAGAUUUCUCUUCCCUUCAAUUGAACAGAAAAUUGAUAUAAUAGAUGUAUAUUUAUGUCUGAAUGUGUGUGUGUUUGAUGCCAAUCAGCCAUUCUCCAACAGCUAAAUUGAACUGAGAAACAGUUGCUACAUGCUUCUUAUGUGCUGACCAUAGAGUGUGUAUAUAUAUAUAUAUAUAUACAAAAUAUAUUUACACUCUUUGGUUGUGGCUUAAAGGGACCACAUCAGUCUGUUUUUGUAGCGUCUUGCCUUCAAACCAUUGACUUGUGUAGAUAAUGGUAGUGAAUGUUAUUGUUGUUAAUGCUCUGAAUCAACUAAAUUAUUUAAUCCAUGUUCCUUUCAGUAGAAUCUCAAACCAUACAGUUCCACCUUUAAGCCCAAGAGCCCAAAUUGAAUUAUUCUAAUCUUUUGUUUCUUCUGACAACAGUCCCGCCAACUCUAAAUGUGCCAAUGACUAUCACAGACAACAGUAUAUUUGAGACAUUGGAUGAUGAUAUACAUUUGAUUUAAAAAUGUAAAUCAUCUUAUUGCUUCACCUCUCUAACAAGUGUUUACAAGAAUCCUGUGGAAAUUAGUUGAUACCUGGAACAGCAAAAACAUCAUAGCUCAGGUUAGUUGUAUUUUAAAGUACCCCAUUUGUAGCAGACGGGCUAAAACGUGUGAAAUGGCUAGUGUGGUCUCUUUAAAUGCUUUUCUUUGGUCGUCAUCAGUAGCUUCUCUCCAGUUUUAGGGAUCUUUAUUAGCAGUGUAAUCCAGUCCCAAUCCUUUGUUCACUGUGAAUCAUAUGUUAAAAACUGCAAACUUAAAUACCCCACAAAUUAACAGCUGCUGUGUUAUGGUGGAUCAUUAGGAUACUGUCAGGACCUGCACAGUAUGAAAGAGGACGAAUAGUGGUGGGACCAAGUAUGUUAAUUGGAAAUGGAUUUAACCACCAAUUAGUCAUGAUUAGAAAGUGAUGAAUUCCUUUAUUCGGUGUCAUUUUCUGUGCUGCCAACUUCAGAUGUACCUGAAAACACACAAAGUAAGCAACAAGCUGGGAUGAAGACUGAUGUUUAUCCAUCCAGAACAUUUAGUUUCAUUCUCAGGUUUUGUUUGCUCAUUCUUGUUAUUUUUACUUUCCAGAUCUUUGUCAAAUAUUUAUUUCCAUAUCCCCAUGAAAUCAAUCAUUUCCUUAACAGCAUGCCAUAGAUUGCUGAUAUUACAGUCACAUGUUGGCUAUAUAUUUGUUGUGACACACUGGUUAUGCUGCAAGAGUACUAUUUUCAGCAACUAUGUUAUUUGUGUAAUAAAGUGUCUGCAAAGCA